UCUCAAUCAUAUCAUACCACGUCUGCUGCUAUAUAAUAUCCUCACAGUUACAAUCGAAAUGCCCGGAAAGCAACUCGUUGUCUUCGACUUUGACUGGUCGUUCGUCGAUCAAGACACGGACCGAUUCGUGCUCGAGGUCCUGAGCACCAAGCUUCGACGAAAGUUGCAGACCAUCAAGAGCGGUGGGAGUCAAUGUACCCCGGAUGUUGUCGCCGAGUGCAUGAUCGACCUUGCGAACGAUGGGUUCACCAAGGAACAGGUCCUCGACGCUCUUCGUGUCCUUCCCCUCCACCCGGCCAUGAAACGCGGCGUCACCGAACUUCAGAAACGUUCGCCCGAUACCACCUUCAUCUGUCUUUCAAAUUCGAACGAGAUCUACAUCGAUACCAUCCUCAAGCAUCACGGUCUGACCGACCUCUUCACCAACAUCAUCACCAACCCCGCCCACUGGGACACCUCCUCCCCGAACACCCUCCUCGUAGGCCGUCUGAUCCCCAAAGACUCGCCGAACCAACAUACCUGCCAAGUCGGAUGUCUCGUCAACAUGUGCAAGGGGGACGAGCUCGAAAAGUGGUUGGCUUCGAACGGAGGGUUGGAGGCUUUCGAAAAGGUCGUUUACGUCGGAGAUGGGGGCAACGAUUUCUGCCCGUUGUUGAGGAUGCGAAAGCAAGACGUCUGCCUCGUCCGAAAAGGAUACGAGCUCGAAGGCCGAAUCAAGUCUGAAGCCCAAGAAAAGGGUCUCAAGGCCGAGGUCGUCUACUGGAGCGCGGCUUGGGAGAUUGACGAGUAUUUCUCGGCCAGCUUGUAGAAGGUCGUCUUCAAAAGCCGAUGACCUGACAUAUGCAGCAUUCAUCAUACCGAACAGACCUUGCGUGCUAUCUUUCUUUCGUGUCUGUCUCUGGCGGGCUUAAAGCGAACAAAACCCUCGAGUUUGCCCGUCUGGAUGGGUAAAUGUAGCGUCGCAUCAGUUUGCAAGCCUUGAUCAUAUCUUGAUAUCUAUGCUAUCGACUCGAUACCUCGAUUCUCGACAUGUUCAGUUACAAUGGUCUUCUUCGGUCUGACGAUGUAGCGAGGUUGCGCGCUUGUCCAGCGUGACGGCUGUUCCCCCAACAACGAGUCGGGUUCCAUCUUCUGUCACAUCUAAGCUUUAUUGUGCCGUGAAGGUCAUUUUGCUGUCAAGGUUCAUGAUAUAUGCCAGAGGCUGUCAACC